AUGUCAGAGGAAGCCCCCAGGAAGCGGUCGCGCUUCGACCAGACCGAACCUGAACCUCGGAAACCCUCUCGUUUCGAUCGACGCUCCCGGUCUCCAUCCUCUAGGCACACCGAAUCUAGACGGAGUCGCAGUCCACUUGGGAAAUCCAGUCAAUCUCCUGCAGCUGGAGAGAAAAGCGGCCCAGCUCUUGAUCCUGCUGCCGCAGCAGCCGCGGCUGCUGCAAAGAUCAACGCAGACUUGCAAGCGCGCAGAGCUAUUCAGCAUGUUGACGUUCCUCCCAUCCAAUCUGCCUCCUCGCCUGCCCCUGUUAAAACCCCUACAGCGUCAUCGGGACAAAGUACGAGCCAGGUUGAUGGCGAAAUCUACAUCGCCGAUGGCGACUACAUCAAGGACAUUGAAGUCAACGACUUGCGCAAUCGAUAUACCCUCACUAAAGGGUCUACACAAAAGAUGAUUAAAGAAGACACGGGUGCCGAUGUCACGACUCGCGGUUCAUACUACCCGGACAAGAGCAUGGCCACGGCAGCGAAUCCUCCUUUGUACCUACACGUUACGAGCACCUCUAAGAGCGGUCUGGAGAAAGCCAUCGCCAAAAUCGAGGAGCUUAUGCAACAGGAGCUUCCUAAUCUUGUCGACGAAAGACGGUUCCGUAGGAGAGAGCCUGAACAGGUCGAACGGGAUGAGUUUGGCAGACGUAAAUGGCCCGAAGAGCGAAUUAUUCUCGAUAUGGAAAAUAUCCCUGGUUUCAACCUGAGGGCUCAAGUCGUCGGCCAAGGUGGUGCUUACGUCAAGCACAUCCAGCAGGAGACGGGAUGUCGAGUCCAGAUCAAAGGUCGUGGUAGCGGCUUCAUGGAGCACAGCACCGGGCAGGAAUCCGACGAACCCAUGUACCUGCAUGUGGCUGGCCCACAACCACAGCAGGUCCAAAAGGCAAAAGAACUCUGCGAAGAUCUUCUUACAAAUGUACGCGUCAAUUUCGAACAUUUCAAGGCCAACCCACCUCCACAACGACAGGAAUCCUACACCGACGGAUAUGGAGCAGAUGCGAAUCGGAGUUCUUACGGUGGUUAUGGAAGAGAUAGGGUUCGAGAUAACAGUUACUCACACAACAGUAACAGCUACAACUCUGUCUAUGCUGGCGCGUCAUCCAGUCCGGCUCCUGGAACCGCUGCCUCGCCUACCGACUACGCAGCUCAAUAUGCUCAGUACUAUGCCAGUCAGCCGGGGGGUGAUCCUUAUGCUGCUUAUGGCGGCUACCAAAACUACGUUGCUUAUUAUCAGUACUACCAGCAGGCGGCUGCUCAGCAGCAACAAUCACCUCCUCCUCCACCUGGCGGCGAUGCGAACCCACCGCCUCCACCAGACAACUCUACUGCACCACCUCCUCCACCACCAUCUGGAGGCUAUUCUGCUGUCCCACCACCACCAGGACUGUGA